AUACGUGAUAUUUAAAAAAAAAAGUGGGAAAGUACAAAUUUCUGAUACUACAAUAGGUCAUAAUAGACAGCUUUGAAAAGUGAUUAAUUGUCUACUUUGUCAGCUAGACGUAGAACAUUAACUACUAAUGUUUAAAUAUUAAAAAAAAAAAUUUUAAAAUUCAAAAAACAAAUUUUGACGUUUAGAAAAAAUAAAAAAUAAACCUUUGUGUGGAAUGAGGGAUAGUAAAAAAGUAGUAGUAUCAAAUAAAAAAUUAAAAAUUUUUUAUUUCUUUUUUAAUACCGAAAUUGAGAGAUGACGGAGUGAUUUAUAGUCAUCAAGAUUGAAACGAAUUAAAAUAAUUAAAUAAAAAUAUCAUGUAUUUUUAAGUGAUCUCUAGUUUGUGAUUAAUUAUUUUUUAUUUUGCAUUUGUCGCUCUCUCGCAUUUUAAUAAUUUUUUUUUUGUUAUUGUUAUUGUCGGUUUUAAUUUAUGUGCGUGGGUUUAUAAAACAAUAGCGUGACCAGUAUAUAAGCUAAUAUGUUGAAAUCCCCGAUUGAGUAUAGAGAUAUUGCAGCAUUUUCCACAGCCGCCGAAGAUGUGGAAAAUGGAGUUAAGUCUCAAGAUAACAAAACGGAUUCACCACAAUCUUCUUCACAUCUUGAUCCUCCCUUGGAUACCUUGUACAUGAUAGGAGGACUCAUGAUUGCUACGGCAUUGGUCGGUGUUAUUAUUAUUCUUAUUGCAGUAACAAUAAGGAAAUUUAUGCGUUCGCGAUGGGUCACCAAUCAGAUAAGUUCAUUAUUUUCAAAUAUCAUUAGGUUGCACGCAAAGAAAAAAAGUAAACUGAGAAAACGAGAGGACAACGCCAACGAUCAUCAGGUUAAUUCGGAGCCGGCAGUUGUGCAGACAGCGACAUCGGCUUGCAACAACAACAAUAACAUUAAUAAUAACUACCAGGCCAAUGGUAAUUAUAACAACAAUUUAAAUCUAAGUAAUGGAGUGACGACGGGCCAAAUGCUCAGCUCGGACAUACGAAACAAUGGGAUUGUGAAUCCAGCGGCUUCGAUAACUGCUUCCGAAAUAAAUGGGAUCGUUGAUGGGACAAUUGUUACCGAAGCUAAUGAUCAAUUGGUUUGGCAAUUUCCGCCUCCCUAUCCACCGCCACUUACUCCGCCGCCUCAGUACACUUUGUACAAUGACCAGAAUACUCUCGUACACGGUUUACAAGGAGAUCGUCACGGAUUUGCCAAAGGAAUACGUAAAAAUCUCGGGCGCUGGCGUCGUUUGGUGAAAAGGAAGUCAGAUAUGGAUACGUGUGCCAUUCCACCGGAGCUUAAGGACCAGUUGAAGACAAUUUACGUUUACUAAAUUAUUUAUUUAAAUUAAAAUAUUUAAAAAUUAAUGACUAAAAAAUAAUCAAAGUUAGAUUAUUAAUUAAAUUAGCAUAAGCGAUUGUGAAAGCCUUCCAAAACUCAGUAAUCAAUGCUUUCCUAUAGCGAGUAAUUUAUCCGAGGCCGAAUGACGAGUACAUGUGUGUACAUAUUUAAAUAAUAAUUAUAAUUGUAAUUAUAAUUAUAAUUAAAAUUAAAAUAAUUGUCUAGUUAAAUAUAUUUUUAACGAGACGCGGCUACAACGCUAGUAAAUGUGAUCGAGUGUAGAAAAAAAAAAUGAAAAAAAAAAAAAAAAUAAAUAAGAGAGAAUGAAGAGUUCAAUGGUCUCGUGAGACAUGAAAAGAGGAAGGAGAAGAAAAACAUAAAAUAAAUGUUAAAUAAAAAUGAGGAUGAGGAUGAGGAUGUGGAUGUGAAUGCUGAGCUCGCUUCUGCUGGUACACUAUCGUGACCACGAUAAUCUUCAGGGCACGCCCUUCAUAAAAAAAAUUUUUAAGCUCUAUGUGGAAUUAAUGAUCUGAAGUUAACAGACAAUUAUUUAUUUUCUUAUUUUUUUUUUUUUUCAACAAAUAAAUUAAUAAAAAAAAAAAAAAAACUAAAAAAAUGCACUUGUAGAAAAUAAAAAAAACUAAAAGUGCAAUUUUUUGAAAUAUUUUUUUUUUUUUAUAAUUUGUAAUUUUUAAAAGAAUCCAAAAAUUAUUAAACGUCAGCUAACUUCAGUAUCAUGGAAUAAAAUUUAAAUUUGAAUUUAAAAAAAAAUUAAACAUAUCAAUUUUUAAAUAUUAUUGAUUUUGUACAAGAAAAAAAAAUUGACAAAAAAAAAAAAAAAAAAAUCAGAAAAUUUUUUAGAAUAAGAUUUGAAAAUUUUGAUAAAUUAAUUAAAAUUUUACCAACUUAAAUUAUAAAUUUGUAAAGAAAAAAAUUUAGUGCCUUCCCAGCCGUUGUCAGUAAAUUGCACAAAAAAAAACAUAAUCAAGAAAAAGUUAAAAAAAAAAUAUUUAAUAAUUAUAAAUUUUUUUUUUUCAACUGGAAAAGAACUCAAUGAGACUGAAUAUGUAAAGAGUACGACAAUACGAGCGAUCUCGUAGCUUUUGUGUACGUUUUUACAUUAAACAAAAAUAAUAUAAAUGAAAAAUAAAAAAAAAAAAUGUAGAAAAUGCUGAAAUGAUUAGUAUUAUUUGUAUGCUACUGGACUGUCUCUUGCAUUAAUUGCGAGACCACUGUAUUGUAGUGAUCAAUGUAUGGUAAUUAAUUAAUUUAACAAUUUAUUAAUUAUUUUUUAUAACGACAGUCCUGAAAAUGAGUUUUUAUUGUAAAUAGAUGUAUAAAGCAAUAAUAAUAAGAACAUACCACUUGUAUUCUUAUGACGUAACUAUGUUUUAAAGAUGUACAUGUGGUUAUUUUAUCUACGAAUGUAUGGAGACCAUUUAUCCAUUUGGAACAAUAAAUUACCAAUUAAUGCGUCUGAGUAAAUAAA